GGGCCGGUGAUUGUAGCCGGAAGUGCCCAUGACCGAACUGGCGUCGUCCGGGGACAGGUCCCCUGCGGGGGACGGGGAGGAGGGCCUGGGGGACGAUCGAGGCCUGGUCAUCCACCACCCUGCGGAGGAGCAGCCGCACCGCUGCCCCCUGUGCGGCCAGACCUUCUCGCAGCAGCCCAGCCUGGUGCGGCACCAGAAAGCGCAUGCGGGAGUGGGCCGCGCGGCUGCCUUCGUGUGCCCCGAGUGCGGCAAGGCCUUCAGCGUCAAGCACAACCUCGAGGUGCAUCAGCGCACCCACACGGGCGAGCGGCCCUUCGCCUGCCCCGAGUGCGGGCGCUGCUUCAGCCUCAAGCAGAACCUGCUCACGCACCAGCGCAUCCACAGCGGCGAGAAGCCGCACCAAUGCGCGCAGUGCGGCCGCUGCUUCCGCGAGCCGCGCUUCCUGCUCAACCACCAGCGCACCCACGCGCGCAUGCCCGCGCCGCACCCGCGCCGCCCCGGCGUCUUCGGGGAGCGGAGGCCCUACUUCUGCGCCCGCUGCGGCAAGAGCUUCGCGCGCGAGGGCUCGCUCAAGACCCACCAGCGCAGCCACGGCCACGGGCCCGAGGGCCAGGCGGCCCAUUUAGGCCGCGUGCUCUGAUGCGCGCCGGACCUGCUGCCUCCGGCUGUUUUCUGUCCCGGAGCCGCAUCCGUGCCCUCUGGAGAUGGCGCUGGCCUUCGGCCCCCUCUCUGGCUGGCAUCCCGCGAGACUGGGAGGGCUGGCUUGGGGUCUCAAAGGAGUGGGCCGCCUCCUUCCGCUCCCUCCCCAGGACCCUCCGGCUGGCUGCACGCGGCUGCUUUGGACCCCCGCGUUGGUUUUCCUCCGCAGGCUCACCCGGCUUAGAGCAGAUGUGGAGUGCACAGGACCUCUGGGCUGUGUGCGAGACACAGCUGACACAGUGACUAGGAGUGGGGCCCUGAGCCUGGGCCCCGGCAUGAGGACACGUCCCCUAAGAAGACCUACCUCGGGAGGUGACAGCAGAGGGACCGAUGGAGCCUGGCAUUGGAGGCAGGUUCUGCGCCCUGGUGGAAAAACUCCCCGGACGUGCUGGGAGUCACAGCCGAAGAAGAGCUCGUGCUGGCUGCCUGGCUGUAAACCUCCACUCUCCCGUGGCAGCAGGGACGGUGCCUGUGUGGGGAGCCUGCUUCUCUGCUCGCGCCUGGCCCACCAGAGACGGCAGGUGAAUUGCCUAGGAGAACACAGCACGUUGGUAGCAGACUCGGCUCCAGAGGCAAGACCUUCCCCCAGGUGUGCACGUACCUGCAGGCUUCACUCUCCUUUCAGAGCAACGUGCUUAACACUUUUGGGGCCGUGAAGCACUCUGACAAGAUGGCAAAGGUUAUGAACCUUCUCCCCACGAAGACACGGAUAGUCACGCAGACGCAAGAAUCUACGAGCAAUCCCAGGAGCUCCGGGACUCCAGGCUGAGAUCCUUGGCCCCGGGACUAACCCGCCGCUCCCUCCUUACCUGACACAGAGCCCCGGGUCAGGGCCUACAUUCGAAUAGCAUUUCAUCCGCUGCCCUCCCGAACCCCUGCCCUUUCUUCCCUUGUUCAGGAAUAAAGAAUUCUGCGGA